AUGAGUUCUCAGGAACUUAUAAUUUGUCCAAUAUGUUUCGAAAAGUUCACCAAACCUCGCUAUCUACCUUGUCUACACACGUAUUGUGAAGACUGCCUUUCGGAUUACAUUUCAUCAUCUUACAAGGAAGAGGUGGGAGGAUUUGUGUGCCCAACAUGUCGGUCAUUCAACCAAGUGCAAAUGUUGGGCGGUACCUCAGCUAAGGAUAUGGCAAAAAGUUUUCCUGUAAAUCAUUUAAUUACGACUUUGCUUGAUCAACAUCAAUUGGAAAAGAGAGAGGUUACAUGCCAGCCUUGUGCUAAAAGAGGAAAAAACGAAAGUGGCAAAUUUUGGUGUUACUCAUGCAGUGCUGCACUUUGUGAAGCUUGCGGGGAAUUUCAUACAUCAUUACCAAUUCUAGCCGAUCAUAGGAUUGCUCCUAUUGAUGAUUCCAAAGUUAAAGGUCUACUUGCAACAAAUGCUCACGACCAUUGCGUUGUCCAUCCCGCAAAGAAACUUGAAAUGUUUUGUGAAGAUCACGAUGUCGCUUGCUGUGUCACUUGCACAAUGGUAAACCACAGAAAGUGCGAAACAGUUUUAACACUGCACGAUGCUGCAAAAGAAUUCACAGAAGGAAAGUACGAUAUUAUCAAUGAAAUAGAAAUGCUGAUUAAAAAUAUUGACACUAAGGUUGAUAUUUUAACCACGAAUUAUGAAAAAUUAGAAAAAGGCAGUAAGAUUUGUGGAAAUGAAAUUCAGAAAUUUAGCGAUAAGUUGAUAAAACAUUUGAAAAAGCUGAAAACAGACUUUGAAACAAAAUUAACUAAAAUUUGUGAUACAAAAUUGCACACGAUUCAAGAGCGUAAACAGGCAUUGCUUGAUAUGCAAACCAUGUUAUCACAUUGUGGAGAUCUUCUACAAGCUGCUGAAGAGAAAUGUUCAAAAGCACAGCUUAUGACACUGAUACCAAAGAUUUCAGAGCUUAGUGAUAAGAGUAAAAGCAAGUUAGAGGAAAUUAAGAAGUCCCCCAUCACACUAGACUCAGAGGUCGUCAUUGUCAAAGAGAUUGAACAGUGUGGAACAGUAGAAACAUUGGGAAAAUUGGAAUAG